AUUUGUCGGUAUUAAGGAUGCGUUCUGUUUAACCUAGCACUAGGUGUAACGCUAUGUCGGAACCGGCUCGCUCUUGCGGCUCGAAAUCUGUUCCGCACUAGUACGCGACGAGUCUACCCGGAGUGGUGACAUCAACGAACAUGCGUCAGUGCCUCCUGCAUCUUCACGCUAUCUCGACAGCGAACUCUUCCGUGGCAGUUUCCUGGCAAGAUCGAUCGCGGGGCGAUCGCGGCAAAAAUGGAAGUGGAUCCCUCAUACCCAUGCACGCUAGGGCCUCGGUAUCAUAUGACGGACCAUCUUCGCCGUACAUCGUGUAAUAGUUAUCUCUUGUCGAAUAUCUGAGUGUUUGACGGUGUCGACAACGUUUACCUGUGUUUCGCUCUCAUUUACCUAGAUAUGGCUAUGCCAAAUCUGUUUCAGAGGCGAACAGCCAACACUAAAGAUUGCUGGGGAUACCGAUUCGAGUGGACGCCUGAACAUCUUACACCGGAGCAAAUGAGGCCCAUGAAGUUCUCGUAUGAUGUUUUGGCAGAGGAAUGUCUUGAUCGUUUGAACGCUAUCUCGCCACCGCACAAGGGUGCUCUGCCAAGGAAUGACAGCAACCGCGCCGCGCUAUCAUCAGUUCCGGGCACCGAAGAAGAGAAAAAAGAGCCAUUGCCAGUACCCAAGAGAGAUCUAUACACUUUGCUGGAAGAACAUCACAACUCCGAUCCUAAGCUUGCGGAACUGUGGCGCGAGGUGCACACCGUACCGGACUGGGUAGACUGGGAACAAAUCGCAAGAGGACAGGAUGUGUUCUAUCGAUAUGGCGGACCCGCCUUGACUGGUCUCACUUUUCAGUCACUCUUAGGUGGCAUGGGCGCUGCGCGAGUGGUGGAGACAUUAGCCAGAACAGGAGGCUUCAGUACGAAGGUCGCAAGAGGGAGACUCUUUGAAACUACACAACACAUCCUCCAAUGCACACGAACACUGGAUGGACUCAAACCAGGUGGAGAAGGGUUUGCCUCAUCAAUACGCGUUCGCUUUCUACAUGCCGCAGUCAGGCAGCGCAUCAUGAAACUCGCAAACGAACGGCCCAGCUACUUCAACGUGGAAGAAUGGGGAAUUCCAAUAAACGACCUGGACCAAAUCGCAACAAUUGGAACCUUCUCUUCAACUUUGAUCUACCUCAGCUUCCCCCGCCAAGGAAUCUUCCUACGCAAGCAAGAAAUCGACGACUACCUAGCCCUAUGGCGCUACAUCGGCUACCUAAUGGGCACACCCGACGAAUGGCUAUCUACCUCAACCAAAGCCAAAGCCAUCAUGGAAUCGCUCCUUUACCACGAAGUCGACCCCUCGGAAAUGUCGAAAACAAUGGCCAACAACAUCAUCUUCGCGCUCAAGGAAGAGCCCCCAACCUUCUCCUCCGCAGACAUGCUAACCGCCAGCGCCCGCUGGCUAAACGGCAACGCCCUCUGCGACCGCCUCGGAUUGAAACGCGUUUCUGCAUACUACUGGUCCCUUAUGGCGGGGCAGUGUCUCUUCUUCAUCUUCUACUGCUACACAUAUCGCUUGUUCCCUAAUGCAGAUCGCAGGAGGAUCGACCGCGCGAAAGAGAUUUUCUGGACGCUGAUAGUGAAGGCGAAGUGGGGAUUAGCAGGGACGGAAACGUCGUUUGACUUCAAGUACGUGCCGCAGUAUGAUACGUUGACGCAUUUGGGGGAUAUUGGUGAGAGGAAGAAGGUGGCGUUUAGUAAUGAGAUGAGGAAUUUGAAGGCGUUGGGGAUUGGAGUGGGGGUUCUCGCGGUGGGGACGUUGGUUGCGGUUAAGAUUGCGGUAAGAGUUGUUGGGAGGUUGUGGUAGAUAUUCUUGUAAAGGGUUUGUAUGAUAUCGGGAUAUGAUGGGUUGAGGGCUCUGUUAUUAGACUUGAAGUUCGACGAAUAUACCCAAGUGAAGUUACCGGUCACUUCUACCCUGUCCCAUCUUUUCAUAUAGCUUUACUUCGGUAAGAAGUUCGCUCACCCUCACGUUGUUCCGUAG